CGCACUGUUUCCGCUUCCUUCCCUUGCUGCGUGGUUUAGCGGCGUUAGCUUGUCGGGUCACGCUGCUGGCCGCUUGUCUCAGUAACUGAACGGGUUCGGACUGAUUUCAGAACCAUGUCGUACCACGAAGAGGAGGAAGUCACCGCCAAGUACGAUCCUUACGACUACGAUCUGCACACAGGUGAUCCUAAAGCCGACCUGGCGUACGAGAGGCAGUACGAGCAGCAGACCUACCACGUCAUUCCGGAGGUGAUCAAGAACUUCCUGCAGUACUUCCACAAAACCAUCUCGGACCUGAUUGACCAGAAGGUGUACGAGCUGCAGUCCAGCCGCGUGUCCAGCGAGAGCAUCGAGCAGAAGAUCUACGAGAUCCAGGACGUCUACGAGAACAGCUGGAACAAGUUGACUGAGCGCUUCUUUAAGACGUCCCCCUGGCCUGAGGCUGAAGGCAUCGCGUCGCUCGUUGGAAACGAUGCCGUGUUCCUCAUCCUCUACAAGGAGCUCUAUUACAGACACAUCUAUGCUAAAGUCAGCGGGGGACCCACCUUGGAGCAGAGGUUCGAGUCCUACUACAAUUACUGCAACCUCUUCAACUACAUCCUCAAUGCAGAUGGGCCCGCCCCUCUGGAGCUGCCCAACCAGUGGCUGUGGGACAUCAUCGAUGAGUUCAUCUACCAGUUCCAGUCCUUCAGUCAGUACCGCUGUAAGACGGCCAAAAAGUCAGAGGAGGAGAUCGAGUUCCUGAGGAACAACCCGAAGAUCUGGAACGUCCACAGUGUCCUCAAUGUCCUCCACUCCCUGGUGGACAAGAGCAACAUCAACCGGCAGCUGGAGGUCUACACCAGCGGAGGGGACCCAGAGAGCGUGGCCGGAGAGUACGGACGUCACUCCCUGUACAAGAUGCUGGGCUACUUCAGCCUGGUGGGCCUCCUGAGGCUGCACUCGCUGCUGGGAGAUUACUACCAGGCCAUCAAGGUCCUGGAGAACAUUGAGCUCAACAAGAAGAGCAUGUACUCCCGUGUGCCGGAGUGCCAGAUCACCACCUACUACUACGUAGGCUUCGCCUACCUGAUGAUGCGGCGCUACCAGGACGCCAUCCGCGUGUUCGCCAACAUCCUCCUCUACAUCCAGAGGACGAGGAACAUGUUCCAGAGGUCCACUUACAAAUACGAGAUGAUCAAUAAGCAGAACGAGCAGAUGCACGGCCUCCUGGCCAUGCUCUCAAUUACCCCAUCGCAUCACCAUCACAUGAAGGUGGCUCCAGCCGCUCUGCGUGGCGUCACCAGUAGAUCUGCAGCCGCCCGUCCUUUCUUCAUGCCGUUGUCCUGCUUCCCUUUCAGAGAUCUGCAGGUGUUUGAGGAGCUCUUCAGCUUCGCCUGUCCUAAGUUCCUGUCCCCGGUGGUGCCAAACUACGACAACGUGCACCCCAACUACCACAAGGAGCCCUUCCAGCAGCAGCUGAAGGUCUUUGCUGAGGAGGUGCAGCAGCAGGCUCAGCUCUCCACCAUCCGCAGCUUCCUGAAGCUCUACACCACCAUGCCCGUUGCCAAACUGGCCGGCUUCCUGGACAUGACGGAGCAGGAGUUCCGCAUCCAGCUGCUGGUCUUCAAGCACAAGAUGAAGAACCUGGUGUGGACCAGCGGCAUCUCCGCGCUGGAUGGAGAGUUCCAGUCCGCGUCUGAGGUCGACUUCUACAUCGAUAAGGACAUGAUCCACAUCGCCGACACCAAAGUUGCUCGUCGGUACGGAGACUUUUUCAUCAGACAGAUCCACAAGUUUGAGGAAUUAAACCGGACGUUGAAGAAAAUGACAAUAACCGGAACCACGGUGGCAGCAACACCGAUAACGGGCCGAUGAGUCCGAGCUGCAAAAGAACCGACUCUUUGCUCCGAUUCCUCAUGAAAACUUUUCUAUGUGACCCAAACAAUAAAAGGAAGCAGUUGGUCUGAGA